UAGCAAUGGGGUAAAGUUCAUCAAGUUAAUUGUCAGUGAAGGUUCAUCACUAGUUGUGAUAUGAUUAUUGUACGUAUUUCUGUAUAAAUGCUUCAUGUGUGGUAUUAGAUCAACAGUUCAUCACAGAGAGAUUAGAUAAUACAUCAUCAAUUACACUAGUAAAGUUCUCGAAGAUAACGUCCCAACGAUAAGUAACCGUUGAAACCGUCGAUCUGAAAAGUAUUUUUCGAUUAACUCCUCGUGCCGGUGUAGUGCAGUAAUAGUAAAUCAGUAAUGCAAAUUACUUUCGUCUAAUUUCCUGCCAUCUUAAAUUAUAUUUUCAAUCAUCGAAGAUAUCCCAAGAUUACAAUCACGCGAUACUCCAUCAUGGCCGAAGCUCAAGCUGUCAACGCUAAAAUCCUUUCCGGAACUGCUAUCGCAAAAGAGAUACGUGACUCGUUGGCUAAACAAGUUACCGAAAUGCAGAAUAAUUUUAACGGAUUCAGGCCCGGUUUAGCUGUGAUUCAAGUUGGAGAAAGGCAGGAUUCGAAUGUCUACGUUCGGAUGAAGCUAAAGGCAGCCGAAGAUAUCGGAAUCAACGCUACGAAGUUCAAUUUGCCUCAGAAUACUCAUCAGCACGAAAUACUGAACUUGAUCAAGGAUCUGAAUAACGAUGCUUCGAUUCACGGUAUUUUAGUUCAAAUGCCUCUAGAUUGCGAUAAUCCAGUCGACUCGCACUUGAUUACCGAUGCUGUUUCACCGAACAAAGAUGUCGAUGGAUUACAUACCCUUAAUCAAGGCAAACUAGCUGUUGGAGAUUUAUCCGGUUUCAUUCCUUGUACGCCGAAUGGUGUUUUAGAAUUGAUUCGAAGGACUGGUAUUAAUAUAAUGGGUAAACGAGCGGUUAUCUUGGGUCGUAGUAAGAUCGUCGGUACUCCGGUAUCAGAAUUACUCAAAUGGCAAGGAGCAACCAUCACCGUAUGUCACUCGAAAUCUGAAAAUGUUCAUAAUCUGGUCAGCGAAGCUGAUAUCCUUGUAGUAGCUAUCGGUCAACCGUACUAUGUUAGAGGCGGAUGGAUCAAACGAGGAGCUGUUGUGAUCGAUUGCGGUAUCAACGCUACCGAAGACGAAUCGAAGAAAAGUGGUCAACGACUGUUAGGAGAUGUGAACUACGAAGAGGCUAUCAAAGUGGCCAGUUACAUUACACCAGUUCCGGGCGGAGUUGGUCCGAUGACGGUGGCUAUGCUGAUGAAAAAUACCGUUCUGUCGGCGCAAAGAGCUGCGAACCAGUGGGCGCAGAAUAAAUGGAAUUUGACUGCGUUACCCUUGAAGUAUAUUCGUCCGGUGCCGAGUGAUAUCGAAGUAGCACGAUCUCAAAUUCCAAAAGAUAUCGGUAAUUUGGCUUCGGAAAUUGGUUUAUCACCGUCAGAGAUCUCAUUAUACGGCACGAAGAAAGCUAAAGUCAGCCUAUCUGUGCUGAAGCGUUUAUCUAACCAGGUUAAUGGCAAAUACGUCGUGGUUGCUGGCAUAACUCCGACACCUUUGGGAGAAGGUAAAAGUACGACGACUAUUGGUCUAGUUCAAGCAUUAGCCGCUCAUAAAUUUAGGAACGCUGUAGCUUGCGUUAGACAGCCUUCUCAAGGGCCCACGUUCGGUAUCAAAGGUGGAGCCGCAGGAGGAGGAUAUUCGCAAGUUAUACCGAUGGAAGAAUUCAACCUGCACUUGACCGGAGACAUUCACGCCGUUUCUGCCGCCAAUAAUUUACUAGCUGCUCAAAUUGACGCCAGAUGUUUCCACGAAAGUACCCAAACCGAUGAUGGCCUCUACAGCAGGCUGGUACCGAAAAUAAAAGGUGUCCGAAAAUUCUCCGCUAUUCAAUUAAGAAGGCUGAAGAAACUGGGUAUUGAUAAAACCGAUCCUGAUUCGUUGACCGAAGACGAAAUCAAACGAUUUGUUAGACUGAAUAUCGAUCGUAAAACGAUCUCGUGGAAUCGAGUUGUCGACACCAAUGAUAGAUUCCUUCGCGAGAUAACCAUCGGAAAAUCACCCACUGAGAAGAAUUUCACCAGAGAGGCGUGUUUCGAUAUCUCGGUGGCUAGCGAAAUUAUGGCUAUUUUAGCCCUGUCGACGAAUCUGACCGAUUUGAAGGAAAGAUUGAUGAAAAUUAUCGUCGCCCAAGAUACCGAAGGAAAUGAUAUCACUGCAGACGAUUUGGGAGCGACCGGAGCACUGGCUGUAUUACUUCGUGACACCAUCGAACCAACUCUGAUGCAGACUCUGGAAGGCACACCGGUCAUGGUACACGCUGGACCUUUUGCCAACAUUGCCCACGGAUGCUCUUCCAUAAUCGCUGAUCUAAUCGGAUUAAAACUCGUCGGUAAAAGUGGAUUUGUAGUAACUGAAGCUGGUUUCGGAUCCGAUAUCGGUAUGGAAAAAUUCUUCAAUAUUAAAUGCAGAUACUCCGGUUUACUGCCCGAUGCUGUUGUACUCGUGGCAACCGUCAGAGCACUCAAAAUGCACGGAGGUGGACCCCCUGUCGUCUCUGGAGAGCCUCUGAAAUCGGAAUAUAGCGAAGAAAAUUUGGAAUUAGUUCGUAAAGGAUGUGAAAAUUUAAAGAAACAUAUUUCGAAUGCUCAAAAGCACGGUGUACCUGUGGUCGUGGCUAUUAAUUCGAUGUCGACUGAUACCGAAGCCGAAUGGAAUGUGAUUAAAGAAGAAUGCGCUCAAAGUGGUGCCUCAGAUGUGGUCGUUUCUUCACACUGGUUACUUGGUGGAGAGGGUGCUCUAGACUUGGCCGAUGCUGUCGUCAAAGCCAGCGAAUCCAAAAAUAAUUUCCAUUUCCUGUACGACGCCGAAAACUCACUAGCCGAUAAAAUUAAACAAGUCGCUGUUGAAAUGUACGGAUCAGUAGGAGUCGAUAUCCCUCAACCAGUUCUUGAUAAAUUGAAAAGAUACGAAGAUAAAGGUUACAAAAACCUCCCCGUAUGUAUGGCCAAAACAGCCCUUUCACUGACUGGAAAUCCUGCCCUGAAAGGAGUACCAACCGGUUACACGUUGCCCAUCAAAGAUGCCUACUUAUCUGCAGGAGCCGGAUUUAUCGUCGUAAUCGCCGGAACGAUAAGCAAGAUGCCCGGAUUAUCGAUCAGGCCGUGUAUUUAUGAUAUCGAUUUGAAUACCGAAACUGGACUCGUCGAAGGAUUAUUUUAAUACUCAUUUUUUCCCCUCAAUCAAUGCGGAACUGGCUCUUUCAUUAUUUUUAAAUGUUCAAUUUUACGCCAUAUUUUUUUAUAUUUAUUCCAGUAUUUUUGUAGAUACCGGUCGUUUUUAUUUUAGUAUUAAUUUUUUUAAAUUAAAUCAUCGAAAAUGAA